AUGACUCCUCGGCUAAGUUUGGUCAACGUCCCAGUACUCAAUUUCCUUCUAAGGUCUGAAAUUUACGUGAGUGCAGACGAGCAAUUGCGGGCUGCACCUCUGAUUUUGGACUACGAGCCCCUUUCACGUGCUCUAGUGGACGCCAGUCAAGCAAUUAAGGCUGGCAGUCUGCGAUUAGCACGAAUCGACAUCUUCAUACUAGGAUUUCUCGCUUCGAGCGAUUUACCUCCCGUCCAGCUGCCUGCUCAACGUGCUCUUCCCGCAGCAGUUGUCCCAGUGGAAGAAGCCGGUUCCUCGCACUCGACUUUGGAAGAUCAGAUAGACCAGUUCCAUUUCGCCGAGGAGGGAGAGGCGUCGGCCAAGCUAGUAAAGCUCUCGGACUCUGAUUCAGAUUUAGACCGCGCCUCGACAGCCCCUGAUCUUGGUUCAGUAAUUGCACAAGUUGAUACCAACCAAGAGAUCGAGGAAGAAGGAAUGGAUCUAAAACUAAGGUCUGGUCUCAAGGGCCUCCUUUCCAACAGGAACAAGGGGCAGUCCUCCAAGGAUGUCCCGAAGGAACAGCCUAACUCCAAGGCUCCUCCUCCUCCUCCUCCCACAUCGGAUGCGGCACUGCAGCCUAUGCCCAAUUUGAGGAGAAAAAGACCUGUGGAAGAAUUGGAGGAGGGCAAGGUUGGCCACGAAAAGGCCAAGCCUCAGAAGAAAGGCAAAGAGACCAAAGAGCCUAAGGAGAAGAGGACCAGGUCCGUUGAUAGCCGAGACGAGGCGGCUAUUCGAAGGGAACAGCGGAUAUAG